AUGCUCAUUCAAGUGGGAUAUCAUCCCAUUUACAGGGCUCAUUUGCUACUGGCCCGCGGGGUCGGAGGCAUUGAGUUUCUGCCCCCGAACCUCCAGAGGAUGGAUAAAGUAGCCAUUAUUUUCAGCCUCUAUUCUCGAGACCCGAGCGAAGUACCCGGUUUCCCUUCCGACCUCUCUCCCCAAGAUGCUCUUCGACCCGAGACCGUGUUCCGAAUCUGCACAGCCGCCAAACGAGAAUUCGAUCCUUUCAUCACCUCCGAUCUGGGCGAGUUCUUGGCCCGAAUCAGACACGUGUUGAGUUUGGUCCUCGGACAUCCUGACUGCAACGACGAAGACAGUAAGAAGGUCGACGACGCGUGGCAGUGCGUUUGUCACGAUAACAGGGAGCUUCUGUGUGCAGCUUGGGAAGCCGGCCGGCCUUAUCUGGGUCCCGACACAAAGGCUGGUCGGGCGAGGAUCACGAAGGCGCAGGCUUCGAUGGAACUUAAGCUUGCAGAUCAUAGUUCUCUCGAGCCCGAUAACCCUUCAAGAGAGAGUAUCAAUGAGGCUUGCUUCUCCUCCCCCGCUACCACUGCUCCUACCCCUGAAGAUCAUCGCUUACGCCAACAUGAACUUGUCAUACCAAACCCGACGCCUCCGAGAUCGUUUCCGUCGGGAGACAAGAAGGAGUGCGUGAAGGCUACGCGGACAGCUUUGGGAGCUUUGUCGCUCUCUGAACAAAACAGACGCAGGAACAAGACCACAAGUCCCGAAAGAGCACGCCGAGACCAGCACGAAGACGAGGGCUACAACCGUAUGUCGGACAUGGGUCAUGUAUCGCCCGAGAACGAUGAGGACGACGACGAGGACCUCGAUAUCCAGAACGACAUGGGGUGCUUUCGGCUCCCGGACCGAGACGGACGAAGCAGUGCCCCAACUUCCGAGAGCCGACACCAAAAUCAGCACGAGGACAAGGGCCGCAUCCGUCUGUCGGACCUGGGCUAUGUAUCACCCGAGGACGAUGACGACGACGGCAGCGGCGGCGACUACUGGCAGGUCCAGUACCACAAACAGCUACAGCAGCUACAGCAGCAACAGCAGCAACACCUCAACCCUUCUGGCCAUGGAGAGACUCGGAAGAUGAGAUGGGGUCACAAUGAUUCCUCGUCAGAGGGCAUGGAUGGUCAGAUGAAGUCAGUUGAGGCUGGUGAAUAUCCUUUCUCUAGGAGACAGCCUGGGGACGAUAUGUGGUUACCACCGUGUGAUCACCCCAACCAGCAACAACAGGCGGCCACAGGGUCAAAAGCUGCUUUGACAGAAGACGUACACGAUGUCCUAUGCCCCCAUAGCUACCACUCCGGCUGCCACAUCAGAUUCUGA